CGAUAAUACACGGAGCCACUUGUGGUCACAAAGAGAUGGGAUACAAAGCGGUCGAUCGGGGGUCUGUCUAUACUCGGGAGGUGGUCUCGUCGCGGCGUUCAAGUGGUUGUUCAGCAGCACACGUUGGAGUCGACAUUGUUGUCUGCCAUCGAUAUUCUGUAACUUUUGGUUCAUAAUCGUCUUUCUGUACUGUACUGCGAUUGAUCCCGUGCCUUGAAUGGAUGUUUCCCCCGUUGUAGAAUUUCCUGUCCGGGAGAAACAUGAUCCAUCCCCAUAAAGCGGUUGGUCCCACCAAUCCCGUAGGGAGUGAGUAUAGAGAGCAUAGACCGUCGGUGGGAAUGGGGUUUCAAUAGUCUUGGCACUAGCCUGUUUUCAUGUUGUGAAGUCGAUCUCUUCCUCUCCCUCUUCUGGUCAAGAACCCCCUCGCCACGCUCACGACCAGCAACCUCCCCGCCACGACAAAACACCAGCACCAUUGGAGAAGCAAUGGAGGCUCACGCGGUUACGCUGCUCAACAGCAUCCUCUCCUCGCACGCCCGAGACGUCGCGCCCCUGGGACCCGUGGUGCGGAAAAUUUUGCAGUUUAUGGAUGAUCGGACAUGGUUGAAGCUGGGCACUCUUUGCCUAACGGAGCCUGAACGGGAUUGCCAAAUGGAGUACCUGAUAUCUCUCUUUGAUGAGGUCCUCUUCGACGGCCAUGUUGGCACCAUUACUUUUCUUUGGGAUCCCAGCCUGGUCACGGAGAUGGGCGCCAAAGGGUGGUGUCGGCGAAACAGUUAUGGGGAGACUGAGAUAGUCGUUGAUCCAGCGCCUCCUGCCGAGGAUAUUGUGGCGAGAGCCACGAGUAUUAUUGGUACACUCUUGCAUGAGUGCGUUCACGUGGUGUUUAGCAAGGCGUGUCACCACAGUACACCACAUGAGCAUCCGGACUGCAAGAUCCACACGGGGCUCACUGGCCAUGGACCCGUGUGGUUGUCUUUGGCAGAGGCGGUCGAAGGGCGUGUGAGGAGACUGAUCUGGAGGAGGCUCGACAUUCAGUUGAGCAUUGCCGAUGCCGAGUGGUGGGAAUCUGUAAGUUACUCCCUAGCCUGUACACUGAUCUUUAUCGCUCUGGAACCAAGUAUGACAACCGGAGCGCAACCACGUCAGUGCUACCAGGAAUACAUGGACCGGAAGCUUAUUCGCGACAUCUGUACUACCCCCGCCGCCAUCUCUUCGCUUUGGCAAUCACUGCGCUCUUCGUGGUACAAUCGUGUCGGUAAGGCAUGUUGUCCCUACACCAAAUGGUCAAGCUGCGACCAGGACCUUAUCGCCACAACCUAUUCCACGGUAUCUCUCCGUGGACUCGGCCUACACCAUGCUCCUGUGGUCGCGACCAUAGCAGGACUGCCCCGCUCUCUCCCUCCAACUUCGUCAGAGGCCCUACCUCGAGCCUUUUGCCAGUCACGGAUGACACGUAGAGCCCAUCGUGCUUUCAUGGGAGCCUCGGCGCGACCAGGUCAGAUUGCCAGAGUCUGUAAAGCAAGCGUGUGAACCCAGCAACACACCUGUUUCCGAGGAUACGGCUUAUAAUCUGCUUCCAAGAUUUACGCAACGCCGGUACAGGAGAUCGGGUCUCUUCAAAAGCCCGCGAUGUAUAACCAAAAAUGUCCGUGCUUGCGAGUCAUAUGGAACUUCGACAGUACCACUUAUUGGGAUCCGGCUACAAAUCAUGCAUGCGCAGUUGGUAGCAUGGGAGAAAGGCAAGACACAGCUUGCUGGGACCGGAAAAUAAUUUCAUAUAUGUGACCGGCCAGUCCGACAAGAAUGCGCCAAUGCCGUUUCCGGGAAUCUGGUGUCAACCAUGGCCUUUGAGCCGCAUCGAUACCAAUGGAGCCAGCGAAUCCGAUCUCUGCAUACAGGCUCGAGAGUAGAUCGGCAUCCGGUAUGCUGCACGCAAUCUCCCAGACACAGCCAUGACAUGUGCUGCGAAGAUUCCGAGAUCAAGUAUGGUUCCUAGGCUGUGGACUUUCGCCACCAGCAUCCACAAUCUGGCAGAUUUUCAGCGAUCAGAGCGGUCACCCACCACCAGAGAGCCCGCUUGGGUCCAACAACAUUGUUCGCAACCAGCAGAGUAUGGCUUGCAGGGCAGAGCUGCGGUCGCAGACAUCUUCGCGGGCCGCUCCGACGCACAGAUCACAUAUUUGAUCUCCCACGACAUGUUCCAAUUGAUCUGCCAUUGGUUGAACACCGGGACUAACACCUUGUCCUCUUCGACAUCUCGAACUCGCCACACUAUGAUAUGUCAAGUUGGCGAAUCUUACGCCGGACCAAGUGGUGGUCUAUAUUCGAUGAGCACACCAUAGGUAUCUGCUCCCAACCUGUCAUCCACCACGU